UUGACAAUAUGGAGAGCAAUUAUACAGUUUUGGACAUUGAACGUGCAGAUGAUUUGUACGAAAUGGUCAAGGAAUCUUUUUCCACUGAGGCUUUUGGAGUGAAGUCCAAUAUGGACACGACGUAUUCUCGUGAGGACAGAAAGGCUCUCAAAUACAUGCAGGAGAAUACUAAGAGGGCUUUAGAUGGACGAUUUGAAGCUGGCCUUCUGUGGAAAGAGGGUGAGUCUCCAAAAAUGCCCGAGUCACGACAAGCCGCUUUUAAGAGGCUUCAACACACUGAGAAAAAGCUGGAUCGUGACAAGGAUUUGGCUGAGGCUUAUUGCCAAAAGAUUGAUGAUCAUCUUCAAAAAGGUUACCUGAAGAAAUUGGAGGAUGUUGAUCGACAGAUUCCCAUGGAAAAAGUGUGUUGUUCUCCUGCCCUCGCAUCAUAUGCAAAAGAAGUCAAUGCAAGAGACUUCCAGGAAGAGUAUCCAGAAGCUGUGCAGGAGAUUCUUAAUCACACGUACUGUGAUGAUUACCUUGGCACAUCAGAGACAACGAUGGAAGCACAGAAACUAAUCAGUGAUGUAGUGAAAGUGUUCAAAUCCGGAGGGUUUGAUAUUGUGAAUUGGUGUGCUAAUGACAUGCAAGUGCUAAAAAAUUUAGCACAAGAUCAGCUGAGUGCAAAAGUGGUGAAUUUUGAGAGCAAUGUUUCCGAGAGAGUUCUGGGAAUGCUUUGGCUCCCAAGUGAAGACGUGUUUACGUUUCAAGUGAAUUUCCGACAAGUGUCAGCUGAUAUUCUCUCAGGAGAGAGACUCCCAACAAUGCGAGAAGUGCUUCGACUGAUCAUGUCGAUUUUCGACCCUUUGGGAUUCAUCGCAGUGUUUGCAGUGAAAGGAAAGAUUUUCCUACAAGAAAUGUGGAAGCAAAAGCUUGGCUGGGACACAGAAAUUAGUGGUGAUUUAGUGAUUCAGUGGAGGAAAUUCCUCAAAGAAUUAAAAGAAAUUGAAGAAGUGAAAGUGCCCCGAUGUUUUUCUGUGAACCUUCCAAAGGCUCACCUGAUUGAACUUCAUGUGUUUGGAGAUGCGAGUGAAAAAGCUUUUGCAGCAGUGGCGUAUUUACGCAUAGUGUUUGAUGAGGGCUCAGAUGUUUCAUUGGUGUGUGCACGGUCUCGUGUCGCUCCUUUGAAACAAAUGAGUAUUCCUCGAAUGGAGCUUCAAGCAGCAGUGUUGUGUGUGAGACUGGCCAAAACCAUCCGAGAGUUCUUAGAAGUGAGAAUAGACAAUGUAGUGUUUUGGUCAGACUCAAUGACUGUCCUAAAGUGGAUAAGAAACGACAACAGGCGCUUCAAAGAUUUUGUUGCGCAUCGCCUUGGUGAAAUCGAAGAAAACAGUGAAGUGAAAUCCUGGAGAUGGGUGCCAACGAAGAUGAAUGUAGCAGAUUUGGCUACUCGUGCGAGUACAAGUGAUCUUUCACCUGAAUCUGUCUGGUUUCGUGGCCCAUCAUUCCUGAAAAAAAGACUCAAGUCAGUGGCCUGUAGAAAAGUGCAGUGA